GAAACAGAGCACAUAACUGUGUUUAAAACAGGACUUAAGAAACUUGAAGAGUUAACGAAGAAGACUGAGCUUUCAUUAUCCCAGCACAACUUCAGCACGAUGCCUGUCAACCGCAUAAACCAGCGCCCAUAAACAGCCGCUCUUAUAAGACGAAGUUCACAGAUUCAGCCCAGUCCAACUAACAGCGACACGAUGGGGGAUUUGAUCUCAACUCAUCUCGAUGAGGGCAAACGGGAGGUUAUUACAGUACGUACAGGGGAGCUGAUGGGAGAGUUUGGUCGGCUGUAUGAGCAGCAGUACCCCGUGGCUCUCUUCAAUAAGAUGCGCUAUGAUAUUGAGGGUGGAGGCGGCCCUCAGCCACAGCUCCUGCACAGGAAGACGGCUCUUCAGAAUAAGUCCAUCUUCUCUGGAGCUUUGUUCCAGUACUUGGAAGAAAACAAAAAAUGGCGAAAUCGUUUUCUUUUUAUUCCUGACACCUACAAUAUCAACUAUUUUGAAAACAAACAGGCUCAUGACAGAGGUCUGCAUCCUAAAGGCACAAUAAACUGUGCUGGCUACAGAGUCCUGAACUCUAUGGAAGAAUAUAUGGAGCUUCUUAACACCAGCUUACCAGGAGUCAAAGCUAAAGUUGACAGUUCUCCAUUCUUGAAAUGUUCCACACAAUUUCCCAUCAUACUCUGGCACCCCUAUGCACGUCACUAUUAUUUUUGCGUGGUGACUGAGAAGGAGCAGCAGAAAUGGACCGCUGUCUUUCAGGAUUGUGUCCGGCACACCAACAAUGGACUGUCUGAGGAGUGUAAAGUUCAGACCCCCGCAUUCACAGAUGCAGUACGACUCUAUCGACAGGCUCAUGGUCAAUAUGGAACCUGGGACAUGAUGUGUGGUACACCUCCACAGAUUCUUGCCAACCUGGUGAUGGAGACCCUCCUUCCUGAGAUGAGAGACCUUAUUACACCCAAACUAAAAGGCAAGAUGCAUGAGAGACAAAGGAAUUGGAUGCUGAUAUCAGAUGCCGUGUACGGGCUGGUUCAGAGCCAAGCACAGGCGCAGUAUGAAGCAAUAGUGCAGAGCUGUGAAGCAGGUCGCCCACCACUGGAGACCACCAUACGCACAGACAUGGACCAGAUCAUCACUUCCAAAGAACAUGUGACGAACAAAAUUAGAGGUCUUGUGCUGCCAAAGGCAGAGAAGCUUCUGAAAGUGAGCAUCCAGCCGUACAUCAACUCUAUCCUGGACGCGCUGAUGGAGCCCACAAGCAGAGGAUUUUUCGAAGUGCGAGACUUGUUCUUCAGAGAGCUGGUGGACAUGAGCAAGAACCUUCUCAAUGAUGGCAACAAGGAAAAACUUGGAGAGCACAUGGAGAAGAUCUCCAUGCUUGCCUUUCAUCCAGUAAAAAUGCAGAGUUGCUAUGAGAUGGUGGAGUCACUGAGUUUAGAGGGACUGCAGCAGCGCUUCGAUGUCUCCAGCCCCUCCGUGUUUGUACAGAGAGCCCAAAUCCUGAUGAGAGAGCAAAUGGAUGAUGCAGUGUACACGUUCGAGCAGCUUCUGCACCAGAGUUUGGAAGACGAAAAAGGAGAGGACCUCUGCAAAACCAUCCAGCGCUGUCAGGAUCGUGUCAUCAAGAAAUUUGACUAUGACAGCAGCACAGUUCGUAAAAAGCUCUUCAGAGAGGCUCUUCUGCAGAUCUUCAUUCCCUACAUGCUCAAACAGCUCUCUCCAUCUUGCUCUGCUGAACUUCCUCGUUUCCAAGAGCUCAUCUUUGAGGAUUUCUCUCGUUUCAUUCUGGUAGAAAACAUUUUUGAGGAAGUGGUGCUCCACACGGUUAUGAAAGAUAUAAUGAUGGCUGUAAAGGAAGCAGCUGUCCAAAGAAGACACAACCUGUAUCGAGACAGCAUCGUUCUGACCAAUAGUGACCCUAAUCUUCACCUACUCGGGGAAAACUCUCCCAUCGACUGGGCUGGGGAGUACGGAGAUGGUCAAGAGGAGGUGGAUGAAGAAGACGUAGGAAAGGAGGGAGCAGCUCAAAAAAGGCGGAGAAUGAAGCAAGUGGUCUCCAUGAUCCAGCUGGAGGGCAACUCCUCCGGAAUGCCCAACGAAUCAUGCCUGGAAGUGCCUGCAGUAGAGGACAUUCCUGAGGAAGAGGCAGAAGAACGUUCAGACACCUCAACAUGCAAAUUGCCCAAUGGAACAAAAGAGGAUGUGAAUAAAAAUACGGUCGAGGAGAAACCACCAACUGUGACGAACAGAACUACACUAAAAGAAGAAACAACUCAAGUCACGGAGGUGUUGACAGAAAAGUCACUGAAGGACACAGAGGGCAAGUCGGCAAUAGAGAGUGCCAUACAGGAAAUAGACAACGCAGUAGAGGAAGAGGAACAUGAGCAGGACAUUGCAGAAUCGUCGUCUUCAAAAGAGGAAAUGAGCAACAAAGAGGAUGAACUCGUCCCAAAGUGUCAAGGGGCGAAACUGGAACACCAAGUGGAAAUCCCUACAUCAGAAGCACCUUCAAGCACAGAGGAGGCGUCAUCGGACCACCAGGAAAAAAAUCAACCAGAGAGCACUAAAGACUCCCAUUCAGAGAUCUCUUCAUCACCACAUGACGACAGCGGAUUUCAGUCUCCUGCUAAUGAAGUUGAAGGGGAGGAGCCUCAGACAGGAAAUAAGGCGUGCAGUGACUCUGAAACAGGAGAGAACACUGGGAAGGAAGAAAGUGCACAUGUGGAUCAGCAGUGAAAUGGGAAAUUUCUAUCUAGUAAAUUUAGUUCAUUUAUCGUGGAGGUUUGUUUGUGCUUGUAAACAGUAAGAAAAUAUAAAAAUCCACUGCUUUGAGAAAGACUCUUGACUGAGUGACAGGAGCUGUUUGUGGCUUUUUGCCUGUAAACACACUAUUAUCUUAAGAUUUUAUCGAAGUCAUUUUGGUAUCCUUUGCAUGCACACAGUCACACAUUUCUCUUUAUUGCACUUAAAUUGAUCACUCUCUGAAAAUGCAACCUAGGUCGUAAUGUCUUUAUUAUUAUGGAUGCUCAUUUGAUAUCUCAGUUCUUUGUUUAGUUUUUCUCUCUCAGUGGUGCUGAAUGCACAUGACUGCAGUGUAAUGCCUUGAUCCAGUGGAAACCAGCCACAUUAUGCCUUUUGUUGAUAUAGUAUAUGGUACCUUAUUUAAAAAAGCAUGUUGCUUCUGCUUAAAGUUAUCUACUAUGCCUAAAUUUCAGCUGAAGACACUGAAUUGAAUUUUAUUUAUAUUAAGGUUUGUUAUAUUCAUGGGUUAGCAUGGUGGCUUUAAAAUCAUGCCGUCAUUUUGGUAUAUUUCUGUCAAAUAUCAUUUUGUACUACUUAACGGUGGGACAUCCAAGUGGUUGCAUUCAGUUUAACCCCAUUUAGCACUGUUAUUUUUUUCAUUGGUGCAACGAGCUUUAAGAUACUGCUGUCAUUUGUUGUAAUUUUAGGAGUGGCUGCAUCGUUUUUCUUCUUAACCCGUUGGGUAAACUCACACUGUAACUGACAAGCUAUAUUUCACAUGGUGCUUUUAUCCCCUCCUAUUAUUAUUAUUAUUUUUUUUUGUGAAUCUGUGGAUGGUAUGAAAUUACAUUUACAUUAGAUCAUUACAUUAUGACCUUUGCUGUCACGCUUGCACUGUAAUGAUUACGAUUUUCAGUUGUCAUUGGGUGAAAGGUUAUAGGUCAGCUAAGUUGUUUGAUUUCAAUGCAGGUAACUGGGAUCCAGUGGAUUAUGCAAAUUCAGAUAUGAUUGCUUUUAGGACCACUGUUAGUAAACCAAAAAAUUAUGAUAUUGACAAUCAGUCAAAUUAAUGAUGUGCAAAAUGUCACCAAUAGUGUUAUAUAGCCAUAACAGUUUCAGCAGCAUUUUAAUUUGUAGGAUUGUGUUGCUGUUUGAGACUUUUAAAUUGUAUCUGGAAUGACAAAACCUUUUAUAUGAAUACAUCAGAAUAUUUUUUUAUUUAUUAUUUACAGCACUUGGUACUAUACCUGCCUUUUAAAAGUAUUUUUACCUUACAAAAAUCUAUUUUGUCUUUUUAAUCCAUUGUUAUCCCUUUAAUAAUAAACCUUAAUCACUUAA